AUGCUUGCGCGCGGGCUGCCGCCACCAGCUUCGGCUCAGGGAGGGCCGGGGCUGCUUCCUCGACGAACGGCGCUUCAGCCGGCAGGGGGUCGGGGUGGCGAUCGGAGAUGGCCCUUGGCUCUGGGCCUUGCCGCGGCGCGGGUCUGUGGAGCAACCCGGUUCCGCCGCCGAGCUACAGCAGAGGCAGAUUGGGAGGAGGAUGCAGAUGAGGUAGAUCGGCAGAUCGCGCGGCUGCUCGCCAAGAAUCUGGUGCGCGUGGCGCAGAGCAAGCGCGUGCCGGUCUCUUCCUUGUCGGUUGGUCAGAAGCUGACGGGCAUCGUCCGGGCCGUGGAGAGGUUCGGCGCUUUCGUGGAUGUCGGCGCCCAGCGCGAUGGCUUGGUGCCGAUCCAGUUGCUCUCCGACAAAUACGUCUCGGACGUCUACGAGGAGAUCAUGCCGGGUCAGAAAGUCGCUGUGUGGGUAGAGGAGGUGAAGUCGAACGGGCAGCUGUGCCUGACCAUGUUGCCAAAGUACUUGCGACAGCCCUCGACCUUGAGACAAGACCUUCUGGCUUUCCGCGCCCUUGCCGAGGACAAGUGGCUGCCCGGACGCGUUCGCGACCGGAGAUAUGCCGAGGCCCUGGUGGAAGUGGCAGUGCCAGGUCAGACGCAGAGGUGCCUCACGGGUAUACUGCGCGAGCGCGACAUGGCAGGAAAAGUGGCCAUGCUCACGCAGGGCCAGGAGAUCCGGGUGCGUGUGCUGCAGGUUGAGCUCCGUGCUCAGCGGCUGAGCUUCUCCACCCGCCCGGUACCAGCGCGCAUGCGCGCGGCGAGACAGGCUGCCGGCUUUCCUCUUUUCCACACCUUGAAGUCGGAUCAAUGGCUGGCGGCAGAGGUGCAACGCACCACCCGGUCCGAGGCUUAUCUGUGUGUUCAACAUCCCAACAUCGCAGACGUGACGGCCGAGGGCCAGGUGCACGUGUCCAAGAUGUCCGACACGCCAGUGGAGGAUGCCGCCGAGGUCGUGGAAGUGGGUCAGGAGAUCCAGGUGCGAAUCCUGAAUGUCGAUUCAAAGCGGAGGCGGCUCGUGUGCUCGAUGGUUUGA